AUGUCGUCGCCAUCCGGAUCCUCCCAAGGCGGGAAGCGCAAGAGAAGCUCCCUCAGCCAGGCCAAUUCCUCCGCCGACCUGCUCGACAACGGCCUGCAGCCCUCAUCGCGCGAUGCUUCAGGCGAGGAGGGCGACACCACCGCCCCCGAGUCCAGUCGCCCUCACCAUCGCAGCACCAAUGGUGGCGGCCCGACCCCUAAGCGUCAGCGAGCCAACUCCGAACGGACCGUCGAUGCCAAGUCCCACAACCUCGAUCCCGGCGAGCCCAGCGAUACCACCGAGGCCAGCAUCGACAUCGCCGCGCGUGUGGGCCGGAAAGGCCGCAAGCUCUCUAUCAAGGAGCCGGAGGAGGAGGACAUGACGGAGGCCAUGCCGCCACCGCCCAUUGGCAAGUUGACGCAUCCCGUCGGCUUCACCACGAACCAGCCUCCCGUUGGGCGCCCCGUCCGGGUGUACGCUGACGGAGUCUUCGAUCUCUUCCAUCUUGGUCACAUGCGACAGCUCGAGCAAGCCAAGAAGGCAUUCCCCGACACCACGCUCGUCGUCGGUGUCACGGGCGAUUCGGAGACACACAAGCGGAAGGGCCUGACCGUCAUGUCCCACCAGGAACGUGCUGAGACACUCCGGCACUGCAAGUGGGUUGAUGAGGUUAUUGAGGACUGCCCUUGGAUUGUCACUCCCGAAUUUCUCGAGAAGCACAAGCUCGACUACGUCGCGCACGACGACCUCCCCUACGGCGCUGACGAGGGCGACGACAUCUACCAGCCUAUUAAGCGGGAGGGCAAGUUCCUUGUCACCCAGCGAACAGAGGGCGUUAGCACAACGGGUCUUAUCACAAGAAUCGUCCGCGACUACGAGAAAUACAUUGCCCGACAGUUCAGGCGAGGCACCUCCCGCCAGGAGCUCAACGUCAGCUGGCUCAAGAAGAACGAGAUGGACCUCAGGCGCCAUGUCCAGGAUCUACGCGAGAACAUCACGACCAAUUGGUCCUCUACUGGCCAGGAGCUCAGCCGUGAGCUCCGGCAGUUCUGGCCCGCCAGCCGGCCUCCCAGCCGACCCGCAAGCCCCGCCCGGUUUAACAGCGCCGGGAGCGCCGACCUUUUGCGGUCCCCCACCACGCCGGGCGGCUCCAACACCAACUCCAAGGAGUUUAUCGCUGGUUACGCCAUGGGUCUUGUUGGUGGCGUGCGAUCAUGGAUGACCAAGAGCCGAAGGACCGCCCAGGACAGCAGCCCCCCCAGCGACGAUGAUUCGGAUGAGAGCGAC